ACUUAAAAAAAAAAAAAAAGACUGGGGGGUAAGGGGAGGAGGUAGAGAGUGAUAGCUAACAGCUACAGGGUUUCUCUGUGAGGUGAUGAAAAUGACUGUGAGGUGAAUAAAUUGAUUGUGGUAAUAGUUGUCCACAUCUGUGAAUACAGUAAAAUCCAUUAAAUUGUACACUUUAAAUGAGUGAAUUGUAUGGUAGGUGAAUUAUACCUCAAUGAAACUGUAAAAAAAAAAAACACCCACAAAACUUCUAAUGUAGGGUAUUAACCUAAGCUUUCAAGAACUGUGUAUCACCAAAAAUGGCAUGCCAAAUUUGGCAUGUCUGUGCAUUUCCAGGGUCUGUCAGUUUCACUGAAUUCUGACCCCCCUCUCCCUACCAAAGAUAAUCAUCACCGCUUUGCAGAGCUGAGGCCUCUUCAAGGGCUCAAGGCAAUGCUUGACUGGUUGGGAAGAAUGUGAUGAAUAUAAAUGUAAUCAAAUAUGCAGAUGCACAGUCUUUUAAAAUAGAAAUUAUUAGUGAUCACUUUAAAACUAGUAACUAACCAAGGAAUAGGUUGCAAUAGUGUUCUCUGCCUCCAAUGCUGUAGAAAAGGGAACAAUUGUGAAUUCCUUUCUGAUAUACAAGAUUUUUUAUUCCAAAGUAUUGUUUGUAACAUGAGGACCUGAUCACUUUUAUACAACUACUUACUGAUCAUUUUUAUGUUAUUAGUACCCUCUUAAAAUAAGUUUAAUGACUUGGCAGGAAAUCAAGUUCUGUAUGUAUGUAAAGUUUAUCAGGUUUCUCAACCUUUAACUAUAAACUUUAUUAUCAGAAAAGGAACAGGGUCUGGUCAUCCCCUGAAUCAAAUAAAGGUACCAUAAAAUUUUCCUCUGAAUGGUUAGAACCACAAAAAAAAGCAGAGAAAUGUCAUUUGCAUGAUUUGACUUUGCAGAACUGUAUCUUAUGGACCCUGUCUUGGGCAAAUAGCAAGAGAGGAAAAACAGUAGAGGCUUGUGGAACUAGGCUGUUUUUGCAUUUUACAGAUUACAUUUGUGUUUCAAGCUCCUUGAAACGUCUAAGGAAAUAGAUCAUCUUUUCCCCCCCUAACGAAUGGAAGUCUUUUAAGUGUGUGCUCUCACACUCUCUCCAAACCCUCCUCUAAAUCUGAACUUUUCAUAUUGAGGCUCCGUCUACCUGGUUUUCUUUCUAGAAUCUAUCCUCACUGUGUUCCCCAUUUGCGUAGGAGCAACCAACCCCCUCUGUCUGAUUUGCGACACUCCGGGGCCCUGCCCUGGCUGCUGCGCUGCUGCGAGCGGGAGGCGUGCGGGGUUGCCUGUGGCCGGGCGACACCCGCAGUCCUGUUCUGGCGACGGGGCCCAGCGGCCCAGCACGAGAGCGUGGCAACAGCUGACUGCUGACUCAGAGGGAAAGCGAGCCACCCACGAAUCUCAUUGUAGCUCGCUGCUGCAUCCCUAUCCCAUAAUCCCCUGCUUGGUUUGCUGCAGUCCUUUCAACAGACGCUGAGUGAGAAAAAGAUGUCCUGGAAGAUAAAGAUUGAUUGGUUUGGAUGCCGAAGGGGGUCCUCCACUUGUUAAUGACCCCGAAACAUUCCUUGCCGACUUUCCAGCCUUCUCUCCUUUCCUCCAUUUUUCUCUUCCUCUGUGCUGCCCAUGAGCUGGCACCUCACUACUUAGAGCAGAAGAUAUGCUGGGCUUCUGAUGAUGGCUGCACUGCAUGGUAGGGAAUUUUAACCCGUCUCUUUGCAUGGCGCUUGCAAACUUGAGAUGUUAGCAGCAAUGUGCAUUGUUCUUUUGGAGUGCCGCGUAGCUGCAGCGACAGCCUUGGGAGGAUUUCAUUCUUUGCCUCGUUGAUUAGUCUGUUUGUCUUCAGAAAUGGCAGCGUGCAGGGUCAAAGACAGCUGGCCCCCCAUGUCAGUGGUCUAGGAUGGCCAGUGAAGGCACCAACAUCCCAAGUCCUGUGGUGCGUCAGAUUGACAAGCAGUUUCUGAUUUGCAGUAUAUGCCUGGAACGGUACAAGAAUCCCAAGGUUCUCCCCUGUCUGCACACUUUCUGCGAGAGGUGCCUGCAGAACUACAUUCCCGCCCACAGUUUAACCCUCUCCUGCCCGGUGUGCCGCCAGACCUCCAUCCUGCCCGAGAAAGGGGUGGCCGCGCUCCAGAACAACUUCUUCAUCACAAACCUGAUGGACGUGCUGCAGCGAACUCCAGGCAGCAACAUCGAGGAGUCUUCCAUCCUGGAGACGGUCACCGCUGUGGCUGCUGGAAAGCCUCUCUCUUGCCCAAACCACGAUGGCAAUGUGAUGGAAUUUUACUGCCAGUCCUGUGAGACCGCCAUGUGUCGUGAGUGCACCGAGGGGGAGCACGCAGAGCACCCCACUGUCCCGCUCAAGGACGUGGUGGAGCAGCACAAGGCCUCGCUCCAGGUCCAGCUGGAUGCUGUCAACAAAAGGCUCCCAGAAAUAGAUUCUGCUCUUCAGUUCAUCUCAGAAAUCAUUCAUCAGUUAACCAACCAAAAGGCCAGCAUUGUGGAUGACAUCCAUUCCACCUUCGAUGAGCUGCAGAAGACUUUAAACGUGCGCAAGAGUGUGCUGCUUAUGGAACUGGAAGUCAACUAUGGCCUCAAACACAAAGUCCUGCAGUCGCAGCUGGACACCCUGCUGCAGGGGCAGGAGAGCAUCAAGAGCUGCAGCAGCUUCACGGCGCAGGCCCUCAACCACGGCACGGAGACCGAGGUGCUGCUGGUGAAGAAGCAGAUGAGCGAGAAGCUGAACGAGCUGGCCGACCAGGACUUCCCGCUGCACCCGCGGGAGAACGACCAGCUGGACUUCGUCGUGGAGACCGAGGGCCUGAAGAAGUCCAUCCACAACCUGGGGACCAUCCUAACCACCAACGCCGUCGCCUCGGAGACCGUGGCCACCGGCGAGGGGCUGCGGCAGACCAUCAUCGGGCAGCCCAUGUCCGUCACCAUAACGACCAAGGACAAAGACGGCGAGCUGUGCAAAACCGGCAACGCCUACCUCACGGCGGAGCUGAGCACGCCCGACGGCAGCGUGGCGGACGGGGAGAUCCUGGACAACAAGAACGGCACCUACGAGUUCCUGUACACCGUGCAGAAGGAGGGGGACUUCACGCUGUCGCUGCGGCUCUACGACCAGCACAUCCGCGGCAGCCCGUUCAAGCUGAAAGUGAUCCGCUCGGCCGACGUGUCGCCCACCACCGAGGGCGUGAAGCGGCGCGUCAAGUCCCCCGGCAGCGGCCACGUGAAGCAGAAGGCGGUGAAGAGGCCCGCGAGCAUGUACAGCACCGGCAAGCGAAAAGAGAACCCCAUCGAGGACGACCUGAUCUUCCGCGUGGGUACCAAAGGAAGAAAUAAAGGAGAGUUUACAAAUCUUCAGGGGGUAGCUGCAUCUACAAAUGGAAAGAUACUAAUUGCAGACAGUAACAACCAAUGUGUGCAGAUAUUUUCCAAUGACGGCCAGUUCAAAAGUCGUUUUGGCAUAAGAGGCCGCUCUCCUGGGCAGCUGCAGCGGCCCACAGGAGUAGCUGUGCAUCCCAGCGGGGACAUCAUCAUCGCAGAUUAUGAUAACAAAUGGGUCAGCAUCUUCUCUUCGGAUGGGAAAUUUAAGACAAAAAUUGGAUCAGGAAAGCUGAUGGGGCCCAAAGGAGUUUCCGUGGACCGCAAUGGGCACAUCAUUGUGGUGGAUAACAAGGCGUGCUGCGUGUUUAUCUUCCAGCCAAACGGGAAAAUAGUCACCAGGUUUGGUAGCCGAGGAAAUGGGGACAGGCAGUUUGCAGGUACACUCGAUGGUCCCCAUUUUGCAGCUGUAAAUAGCAAUAAUGAGAUUAUUGUUACAGAUUUCCAUAAUCAUUCCGUCAAGGUGUUUAAUCAGGAAGGAGAAUUCAUGUUGAAGUUUGGCUCAAAUGGAGAAGGAAAUGGACAGUUUAACGCGCCAACGGGUGUGGCCGUGGAUUCGAACGGAAACAUCAUUGUAGCAGACUGGGGGAACAGCAGGAUCCAGGUUUUUGAUGGGAGUGGAUCAUUUUUGUCCUACAUUAACACAUCUGCUGACCCACUCUAUGGACCCCAAGGCUUGGCCCUAACUUCAGAUGGCCAUGUUGUGGUUGCAGACUCUGGAAAUCACUGUUUCAAGGUCUAUCGAUACUUACAGUAAUGAUGGGCAGUCAUGAUGGACAACCCUUACCAAGGUCUUGCACUAUAAACUGGAAUGGAUUUCUCAACGCGGGACCAGAUUAUGACUAGACUUUUUAUGCUCGAAGGAAUCAUUGGUGAACUUCCCAAGGUUAUUUCUGAAUGUAACAGAUUCCUUAAAAACUGCUUAUAUAAUUUCCAUAGUUCACCUACAGGGUUUGAAAAACAAACCCCUUCUACUGAAUCUAUACAAACUGCAAAGUUUUACAUCUGUGAACUAUGGCUUAAAGGACAGGAUUUAUGUAGUGAAACUAAUUUUGCAAAUCAAACAAAUGUUAAAAAAAAAAACCUAGAAUAUGUAAAGGUAUUUGUUAAUCUUGUGAAUGGUAGCUUUUGCAGAGAGCUUCCAAAAACAGAACAAAAACAAAAUCUGUUAUAGUUAUAUACUUUAUUUAACCUAGGUCGCAAGACCCCGGGAAUCUUCUAACCUCACUUUUACAGUAGGUAUAACUCUUGUGACAUUUUUUUGGUUAUCAAUAACUACAUAUAAAUUACUUUAGAAAAAAUAAGGCUGUCUUGCAAAAUCCUCCCAGCUCUGAUUAGCCUCUUGAGGUUAGCACUUAAGAAUCAAUGCAAAUUUCCCAACUUUUCUGGGUUAGACAAAGAUCUGUUUUCAUGUGUUCUUUUCACCACCUCUUUCCUGCGAACCUAGUGUUGGAAAACAAAAUACAUCUUCAGGGAAACCUGGAUUCCCUAGUGCUUUGAAAAGCAUAUUACAAAAGUAAUGCUACCUUUUGGUAAACAAACUGCCCCCAUUAACUCCAGAUUAAUGCACUGGAAUGUAAUCAAGAAAAAGUCACAUUUUAUGUGCCAUGUUUUCACACGUGUCUCUCCUCUUCCACUUCAUGAAAGCGAAAGCUUUAUCUCCUACAAAAUGUCAGCACAUGUAGUAGGACACCAGUAUCCUAGGACAGAGAGCCAUAAGUAGCCCUUUGGAGGACUGAUGGUGUCAACCAAAGGCAUGUGAUUGAUUAAUGAUUUCCCCUUAGAAAGCAGGUGUUACCAAAGUUGUGUUAUCUUGAAAGCAUUACAGGUAAGGGCAUGUUAUGGUUAUUUAUCAUUGUUUAAUGAAUAGUAGAGGUGUUAAGGGACUAUGUAUACAUGAUUAGGGUAAGAUAGAAUGUAUUUUAUAUAUAUAUAUAUAGAUGAAUCUUUGGUGUAUUGAAAUAGGCAGCACUCUGAAAGACAGAAGCAUUGUCCAGCCAUUCUUCAGCACAUUCCUUUACUACAUAGUUUAAAGCCGUCCUAAUGGAGCAAGCCCUAAAGCAGAUUUAAUUUUUGCCAUUUUCCAGGAAUGAUGGCUGACUUUUGGUCAAAAAAUGACCUUCUGUGCUUUCAAAAAAAAAAA